AUGACUUGGUUCCUAGCUUGUUGCUACCUGCUGACGUUGAGCUGCGUGGUUCACACGACGAUCGCCAAAGAUAGAUCGAACAUACUGCGUUUGGGUAAGUCGCGGGACAAGCUGCCGGAGACGACGGAACCGAUCGACUCGAACUUCACCGAUUACAAGGACGAGGAAACGCCGAAAGAACAGGGUCGAUUAAUUGGAUUCAGCAAGAACAAUCCGGAAUUGGAUUGGAAGAACAACUUGAAAUUGUUCGACAAGAAGGAGGAGGAUCGCGGCGAUCUGGACGUGGAUUUCAUGAAGGAGAAGCUCGAGAAAACGGCGAACAGUAUCCAAUGGCUUUCGGAUCUUUACGAUCCGUUAAAGUGGUCCAGAGUACCCGGAAAACUCGAGGGCGAUUGCAGGGCCGACUUGGAAUUCUUCUUGAAGUCCCUGAAGGAUGGGAAACCGUGGGCGGCUAAGAUGUCGGACGCAAGCGGCCGUUACUCGUCGCAGUUCCAUUUUGGAAACGGCUUUUGGCUCGGCUCGAGCAACCUUUGCAGAGAGCUGAACAUCACGGAAGCUCGGCCAGGGAUCGACGAAAGGCCGCCUUAUCCCCUCAAAUUCCACGUGGCCAGAAUGUAUUUGACUUUGCCCAAGGAGUUCGAGUUCUCCACACGACAGGUAUUUUUGGGCCUCUGUUUGCCAGCAACGUGCAACCGGACGUCGCUAACAUCGAUGCUGAGAGCUAGCGCAGAUCGGGUCGAGCGAGAGGGCAAUUCAACCUAUCGAUCGACCGGCCCGAAGAUUCACAUCGUUGCGGUGAAGCCUGUGCCUUCCAGCAAUUACAGUCCCUGGCUCGAUCCCAAGUUGUACGUCCUCUCAGGUGUCGGAGGAGUGUUGAUCCUGCUGAUGCUGUGCGCGGCGAUCUACGAAUACGGGACGCAGCCGAGCACGAAGGACGUCGAAUCCUCGAGCGUAUCGAACAAUAACGAGAGGCUCGACAAUUUCUCCAACAAAAACCUGAAUCAGGAUCGUCGGAUAACCAUGGGCGAGGACUGCGAGGGGAAGAGUCUGCAGAAAGUCCUGCCAGAUCGAGCGAAAAAAGAAGAUAGGAAAGGACCGUGGCUCAAGUGUCUGACAGCUUUCAACCCUAUCGCGAACGGAAGCAAGAUUCUGAGCACGGAACCACCGGCCAGGGAGAGUCUGACCUGUCUGCACGGUCUACGAGUACUCUCGUUGGGAUGGGUCGUCAUGGUGCACACCUACCUCCAGGUGUACGCCAUCGCAGAAAACAAGACGCUGCGCACGGUGACCGAGCGGAACUUCAUGUUCCAGACGAUCAGCAAUGCCACGUUUUCCGUGGACACGUUCUUUUUCAUAAGCGGCCUGCUGGUUACGAUCCUCUUCUAUCGAUCAUCCGGGAGCUUGAAGAGCGACAGCGACACGUUCCUAAAGACGUGUUUCAACAAAUUUAUCAUCAUGGUCCUGUACAGAUUUAUCAGAUUGACACCAGCGUACCUGUAUGUCCUGGGAAUCAACGAGAUCGCCAUAAAGCAGGCUCACGCGAGGACCGUGUUCUCGCCCGUGAUCAUCGAUCACAUCACCUGCGACAAGUUCUGGUGGAGGAACGCUCUCUACAUAAACUCGUUGUACCCUCGAACGGAAAUGUGUAUGCUGUGGAGCUGGUACAUGGCAAACGACACGCAGUUCUACGUUCUCGGGAUACUGUUGCUUCUUCUCUCCAUUAAAUAUUUAAAGGCCAUCGCGUUCACCGUUCUUUUCGUGAUCGUCUCCUCAUGGUUCACCACCUUCUUCGUGGCUUACUCCAACGACUACGUGGCCAGAAUCCAAGAACCGUUCGCCCUGUUCGACGAGCUCUACGAUAAACCCUGGCUGAGGGCCGGACCUUACUUUGUCGGCAUUAUCACCGGCUACAUUCUCUUCAAGACGAAUUGCAAAUUGAAACUGCCGCUGAUCGCGCGAACGAUCGGCUGGUUAUUAUCGGGCGGCGUGAUGUUCUCGGUAGUUUACGGCCUGUACCCCGGAAAUUUAACCGUGGGUCUGAGCUCCGUGUACGUCGCCUUAGGACACACCGCCUGGGCGAUGGGUAUAUCCUUCAUCGUUAUUCAAUGUUGCACCGGAUCCGCGCGAAUGAUCGACAGUCUGCUGUCGCUCCGGCUGAUAUAUCCGCUCUCGAGGUUGACUUACUGCGCAUACUUGGUGCACCCUGUCAUCAUGAUGAUCACUGUUACCCAGAUGGAUGGCCCGCUGCACCUCCACAACGAUCUUGUGCUCAUCCUGUACCUUGGAAAUCUGGUGGCUUCGUACUUGAUGUCGUUCUGUAUCUCCAUCGCGCUCGAGGCGCCCAUAGUCAAUUUGCUGAAGAUUGCUUUUAUCUCGAAGAAGAGGAUAAGGUAG